AGUUUCAAAAUGGCUGCCAUGAGAAUAAAAUUUUCUUGUGCAAACUAUUUUAGCAAAUCUUUGCUAAAUUUCAACUGCCGUCUUGUAGAAAAUUUUGUCCAUAGAAGUGCUUUUUCAACCAGCAGAAUUAUCAGUGCUGAUGCCGGUAAUGAGGAGAUGUACAACAAGUUGUUCCCAGUCGUGAAGACACCAAUGCUACCUCCAGACACAUUCAAAAACAAAGUUGCAUUCAUCACCGGUGGCGGGACCGGACUUGGCAAAAGCAUGACAAAAAUGUUUUCCAAGCUAGGUGCCCAGGUUGUGAUCUCUAGCAGAAAAUCUGAUGUUAUACAAGCAACAGCAGAUGAGAUAUCUGGUGAGACUGGGAACAAGGUAUUGGCAUUUGCGUGUGAUGUUCGGGACCCGAAACUAGUCAAAAGUACGGUGGACAGCAUGGUUGAGACUGUUGGUCUACCAGACAUUGUAAUAAAUAAUGCUGCAGGAAACUUCAUAUCGCCAACUGAACGGCUUUCAAGUAACGCAUUCAAAACAAUCCUAGAUAUAGUCUUAUAUGGAACUGUCAAUGUCACUAUGGAGGUAGGAAAAAGACUCAUCAAGGCAAAGAAAGGUGCCUCCUUCCUCUCCAUCACUGCCAUGUACACGCAGAAUGGCUCAAGUUUCGUUGUCCCAAGUGCUACAGCCAAGUCUGCAGUUGAGAUGCUGCACAAAUCUCUGGCUCUAGAGUGGGGUCGACAUGGUAUGAGAUUCAACUGUAUUGCCCCUGGAGCUUUUUACACUAAGGGUGCAUUUAGUCGCCUGGAUCCCACCGGGCAGUUUAUGGAUUCUGAAGCCAGGAAGCAGAUGUCGAUCCAGCGACUUGGAGAAACUGAGGAAGUCUGUAAUCUUGCCACGUAUCUCUGCAGUGACUAUGCAAGCUGGAUGACUGGGGCAGUUGUGAAAUUUGAUGGUGGUAACCUUGGCGACAUGGGUGCAGAGCUGAGGGAAGUCUCGGAGGCGCAUUGGGACAAACUAGAAGCCAUGAUCAGAUCAGUCAAGGGAUCCUAGCUCUGAAUUGUGAUUUAUGUAAUACAAGCACAUGUUUGAUAUCUUCUCUACUGUAUGCCUUUUGCAUAGAAGUAAAUAAUAAA